ACACGGCAGGGAUCUUGGGCCCGGCAGCCGGGCGGAGACUGGCUGAGGCGUGGAGCAGCUGCUUUUGGGGCGGGGGUGUCACGUGAGGCUUCUCGCUGCUGAGGGAGGAGGCGAAAAGCUGCGGUUAAGGAGAGUCCGGUUUAACCGUCACCGGGAAGCGCGCUCGUUCGGGAUCGCGGAGUGGGCUGAGAUAGUGAAUUCUUAAGAAGAAAAUAAUGGAUUGCAUAUUAGUUGUUCUCUAAGUAGACUCAACAGUGUGCAAGCUUGUUGCAAAAGCCAAAAGAAGAUGGCAACUCCUUAUGUCCCAGUUCCUAUGCCUAUAGGAAACUCUGCUUCCAGUUUUACAACCAACAGAAAUCAAAGAAGUUCUUCUUUUGGCAGUGUCUCAACAAGCUCAAACUCUUCUAAGGGCCAGUUAGAAGACUCAAAUAUGGGUAAUUUUAAACAGACAAGUGUUCCUGAUCAAAUGGAUAAUACUUCAUCUGUCUGUAGCAGUCCCCUCAUUAGGACUAAAUUUACAGGUGCAGCUUCUUCCAUUGAGUAUUCUACUAGACCAAGAGAAACUGAAGAACAAAAUCCGGAAACAGUGAAUUGGGAAGAUAGACCAUCUACACCUACUAUACUGGGUUAUGAAGUGAUGGAAGAAAGAGCUAAAUUUACUGUGUAUAAAAUACUAGUAAAGAAAACCCCAGAAGAAAGCUGGGUAGUUUUCAGAAGAUACACUGACUUCUCUAGGCUUAAUGACAAAUUAAAAGAGAUGUUUCCAGGUUUUCGGCUAGCACUUCCUCCAAAACGCUGGUUUAAAGAUAAUUACAAUGCUGACUUUUUAGAAGAUAGACAAUUAGGAUUACAAGCGUUUCUUCAAAAUUUAGUAGCUCACAAGGACAUUGCUAACUGCCUUGCAGUGAGAGAAUUUCUUUGUUUGGAUGAUCCACCGGGUCCAUUUGAUAGCCUAGAAGAAAGCAGGGCAUUCUGUGAAACUUUAGAAGAGACAAACUACCGCUUACAGAAAGAACUACUUGAAAAACAAAAGGAGAUGGAAUCACUAAAGAAACUGCUCAGUGAGAAGCAACUUCAUAUAGACACUUUAGAGAACAGAAUCAGAACAUUGUCUUUAGAACCUGAAGAAUCACUGGAUGUGUCAGAAACAGAAGGUGAACAGAUCUUAAAGGUGGAGUCCUCUGCACUUGAGGUUGAUCAAGAUGUCCUGGAUGAAGAAUCUAGAGCUGAUAAUAAACCAUGCUUAAGUUUUAAUGAACCUGAAAAUGCUGUAUCAGAGAUAGAAGUAGCAGAAGUGGCAUAUGAUGCUGAAGAAGACUAAUAUAUCACAAGCAGUUCCCUCCAUUUAGACUAUUCAACAAAUUUAGAAGAGUGGCAAAUACUAUUUUAAAAGAAGAACCAAAAACUGUAAAACAUAUAGAAAAGAGCAAGAAUGCACAUGUAUAAAGUUUACAUAAAGAAGUUUUUUUAAGUUAUUGAGAUAGGAAGUAUAUUCACUGCUGCUUUUAAUUGUAUUUUAUCCAAUUAUAUUUAAUACACUAAAAAAAAUCUUGUUGGAAUUCUGUUAUCAAGGCCCACAUUCUUAGAUACUGUGCAUAAAUUAUUAUGGUGUUUUGCCUAUAUAUUGCUCCAAACUACUGUGUAUAUAUGUGUGUUAAAUCACCAAUUAUAUUAAUCAAAUUGAAAUUAAUUGCAUGUUACUAUCUGGGUGAUAUAUUCUUCUUUAUAUCUCUGACAUGACAUAUUUUCAUUAAUAGUUUAAAUCAGUGACCAUCAUAGUAAAGAUAAAAUUUGGUUGAGUUUUUAAUGUUUACAUGUUUACCAUCUCUAAAUAAAAUUUGCUUAUUUGAAAUGUUAAUGCUCUUUAGAAAAAAAAAUGACUUUCUAGUACCAAAGGAAAACUACUUGAAAGAGCUGUAAUCAUAUAGCUAAAGUGAUAAGCUACCCUUGAUUUUAAAAGCUGAUUCAUUAAUAUCAAAAUACUUUAAUAAGUGUCACAGUUAUUAAUAUGUUACAUUUGUUUAGUUUCCACAUAAUCUUUAUCUCUACCUAGAUUUAGUGAGUUUGCCUCUUUCAGAAUACUACCUCCUUUUGUUAAGGCAUAUUCUUUUGAAAAUAUAGAUUCUAAAUAAAUAGGGGCUUAUACAAAAAAGAAAAUAAAAAGCCAUAUAUACUGCAAAGUUCCUAACUGGCUUGACUCCCAACAUUGCAUUUUUAUUUCUAUAUAUGUGAAGAUGUUGUUAUACUGUAUUAUGGCUGAUUUUCUUUUUAAUAUAUUUAGCCAAGUGAUGCACUUUAUGAUAAUUAAAACUCUUUUGUGCCAAGUUUAAUUGGUGGAUUUCUUUUGUAAGUAGAGUUAGGAGAAAGAAUUAUGUAGUGCCUUUACUAUUUCAAUUUCUACAAAAGUCGUCUAGGGUCUUUGAGUCAGCUUUAUGAAAAAAUGUUUGUUUAUUUUAGCUUUGUGUACAGUCAUUAAAAGUGCCUUGUUUCAUUUUUAUAGGAUGAAGUUAUUUAUUUUCUAUUUUCACUGUUUUGCAUUUUGCUGUUAAUAUGCAUUGUAAUCAUGCUGGCAUUUUGUAGUCCCAGUCGGUAUGCUUUCUAAAAACUGAGAGAAACUUACUGGGGAAAUAGAAUAACAAUCUCCAUUUUUUUCUUUACUAUCUAAAAGUUUAUCAGUAUCUUGAUGUAUAUAUUAAGGUGUGGCUGUUUAAAAUUCUACUGACAUAUAUCAACACAUUCAAUGGCUGUUGUUAACCUUUGAAGUAAAAAGGAGAUCACUUUUUAUCAAAUAACCAAAAAUUUUUAGUCUUUGUCAAAGUGCACAGGUAUGCUCUCAGAACAUUUUUCACAAUGUGUAUUAGAAAUAUGUUUGCUAUCCUUAGAGACAGAAAUGAAUAUAACAAAUUGAUCUGCUUAUUUAUUAAAAUUAUUAUUCUAGACUUACAAAAGGCUUAAAAAGAACAAUCAUUUAAUCAGUACCAUUCUGAAUCUUAUAUAACAAAUCUUUGCCAAAUUCUAGAUAUUAUAGUGUUGCCUGUCCUAAAGUGAACCACCCACUUUUUCAAUCUGGCUUUUUGGAAGAUUAUAUUUAAAGUUCUGCAAGGAUGAAGAAAAAAAUAUGUUAAUUAGGUAAACCACUAUUAUUUAUAAUUUACUUUUUUUUUACUUUUAUAAUGCAUUUUACUCCCAGUAUUAUGUUCAUUUAAUAAAUUAUUUUUUCACUACAACA